AUGUCAUUCAGCGACGUAGGUACCGAAUGGUAUGCCAGGCCCACAUCGAUCAUCAACGGCCGGGAUGACUUGAUCAAGUCCUCAGGCCGAGUGAGGGAUGACCCCUUUGCCGAUGAUGGCACGCCUGUAUGGCUCCGUUGUGCCCUGAGCCACUCACCACUGCUUGGCCCAGUAGUUUGCGACAUCAGAGGCAACCUGUUUCUCAAGGAGGACUUACUACUGGCCCUGCUCAAGAAGAGGUUGCCACUGCACCUCUCCCACGUGGGGUCGCUGAAAGAUGUCUUCAACUGCAACUUCAGGCGUUUGGAUGGGAUGCUCCUCUGUCCAGUGACCGGUGACGACCUAGCAAAAGGGAGGUGGGCACGAGUUCUAAGACCUUGUGGCUGCGUCAUCUCCCAGGCUGCAGCAGAACUGAGUGACGAAGUGCGGUUCUGUGAGGUUUGUAGCCACAAGGUCGAGGACUUUGUGCCUUGCUUCCUGAAGUUCCCACACCGCGAUGAGGACAAGCCCACAGAAGCGGCGAAAGACCGCCCCAAAAAGAGCCGUGGCUCGGUCUCGACCCAUGUGAUGAGCCAACCGUGGGUUGUGCCUGACGCGGAGUAUGGAGAGUUCCGUGCCUCGGCUUUGAUCUGGAGUGACUACUACAAACUGCUGGGCGUCGACCCCGCUUCCUCAGCGAAGGACAUCGGCAAGGCCUUCCGGCAGCUUGCGCGGAAGGUGCACCCAGACAAGCUACCUCAGGGCAGCUCUGAGGCUGAACAGCUUCGAGCAAAGCAGCGGUUUCAGCAGGUUGCGAAGGCCUGGGAAGUUCUCGGUGACCCUGAGAAGCGCGCCCACUACGAUGCCGAGCGUGCAGCAGCUCAGGAGGUGCCCCAGAGGCCUCGCCCAGCGAGAGGGCAACCGGGUGCGCCGGUGCCGCCACAAGCGGAUACAAAGGAGGAGGAGGAGCGUCGUUUCCGUGAAGAGUUGAGACGAGCGAAGCAGCAGGAGAAGAAAAAGGAACGGGAGGCGGAAGAGAGCCGCAAGGAGAGGGAGCGGGACAAGACCGGUGGCCUUGGUGGCCAUUGGGUGCCGCCUUCUUCCCACUUUGAACCCAAAGGGCCUGAGCGCUCAGGUGGACUACACCAUUGGUCGGGCUGGUCUGCAGCUCGAAAUGAAGAUGUACAUAGUGAUACUUCAAGUGUCUUGAGCUUCGACCUUCGCGUUGAUCUCAAUGACCUGGACCUGCGCUUUGCGGAGAAGAUCUCUGCCGACGACGAACUGGAUGAGGUGUGGGAGAUGCGGAAGGUGAAAACGCCAACCCCGGAGACAAGCUCUCCAGUCUCCCCGCUGCGAGCAUCCAACCGCGACGACCCCGCUGCCGUCCGGCGACACCUGCCGCGGUGCCGGUGUGCCGUCCAGUGA